AUGUGGAAGCACAGAGUUGGCAUUCUUGUAGGGUAUCAUUCGCAUGGCACGGCAUUCCCAUUUGACCGGGACGGUUGCCUGCCACGGGGUGGGAGAAGUUCGAAUUGGAGGUACAAGAACAUUAACCGAGCGGUUGAUGGGGAUCUUGUUGCCAUCAAACUUAUCGAAAGUACUUCAACGACGGAUGAUCGAUUUUUUCUCGAUGAUAAUGAAGCAGAAGAAGAAGAAGAGAAAACUGAAAACGGAAAGACCGAGGAGAUGCCUGUGGAUGCUGUUGAAAGACGAAAGACUGGACGAAGAAGAGAGCAAUCGAAGCCUAGAGAUGAGUCGGAAGCACGUUUGGAAGGAAAAGUGGUUGGAAUUCUUAAAAGAAAUUGGAAAGAAUACGCAGGAACCUUAAUACCUCUCAAGGAGGCGCAAACUGAACGAAUUUUCAAACCUAGGGAUCCUCGCAUUCCUGAUAUUAUGAUCAAGACUCGACGGUCGAAUCAGUUGGAUGGAAAACGUCUAGUCGUGGUGAUUGAUGAUUGGGAUAGACAUCACCGGUAUCCCGCUGGUCAUUGGACAAACGUAAUUGGUGACGUUGAUGACCCCACGACAGAAACAAGUGUAAUUUUAAAGGAAGAGUUUUCUGACGCUGUUCUACGAUGUCUUCCCCCUGCCGACUACUCACCUCCACCGGAAGAAAUUAAACGUCGUUCAGAUUUUCGUGAAAUUGUUUGUUCCAUCGAUCCACCAGGCUGCAAAGACAUUGACGACGCUUUGAGCUGUGAAAUGUUGAAGAAUGGAAACUAUCUCGUUGGCGUUCACAUCGCUGAUGUUACGCAUUUCGUAUUGCCGGACACUGCUAUUGAUUUAGAAGCGGCAGAACGUGCUAAUGUUGAUCGUCUGACGUUUUCCGUCUUAUGGGAAAUGAACAAGGACGCAGAAAUCGUGGAAACGACUUUCCAUAAAGCAGUCAUUCGUUCGCAACGUGCAUUCACUUACGAAGAAGCUCAAACCAUGCUUGACAAUUCAGAUGACAAGUCCCCACUGAAGGUUUCGGUGAGUCAACUGAACAGUCUGGCCAAAAAAUUAAGGGCAAGGCGCAUGGCUGCAGGAGCACUUGAAUUAGCGUCUUUAGAAGUUAAAUUUGAAGUCGAUAGUGAGACCCAUGAUCCUUCUGACGUUGCGGUUUACACAAUUCGAGAUACAAACAAACUUGUUGAAGAAUUCAUGUUGUUAGCGAAUUCCAGUGUAGCAGCUCGCAUAUUAGAAAGUCUUCCCUUGCAUUCUGUAUUGAGGCGGCAUCCACCACCGAAGGAAGAUGCUCUGAAGGCGUUGCAAUCCCAACUGGCUUCUGCUGGUUUUUCGAACUUCCAGUAUCAAAGUUCUCAUGAACUCGCAGACUCCCUCAAUAGAGCCGUUCGUGAUGGGGAUCCAUUUUUCAAUAGGCUUGUUCGCUGUUUGACAACCCGCUGUAUGAACCAAGCUGUUUAUAUGUGUUCUGGAGAUGUCGGUCAUGAUGAAGAAAACGCAGCAGAGACCCAGAUAGCAGAAGCCGUCAUGAUUGAUCAAAAUUUGGUCAAGUUCAAGCAUUACGGUCUCGCUGCUACUCUUUACACUCAUUUCACUUCACCCAUCCGGAGAUAUGCUGAUGUUCUUGUUCAUCGGCUUCUUGCUGUUGCUCUACAUCUUGUUCCGCUUCCAGAUCAACUUUGUAAAAAAUCCCAGGUUCGCUCAUUUCCCAACUCAUUAUCGAGUCUUGUGUUUCUAGAUUUCUUCUCAAUGCGAUCAAUGAACAUCAAACAUCGUAAUGCUCAAUGGGCUUCGAGAGCAUCUGCUGAUUUCUUCACUUAUCGCUAUUUCAAUGGGGAGGAAUGCAUUGAAUUGGAGAGGAAUGAUGAGACCCGGGGUCCCGUAAAGGAACCGGAAAACCAGCUCAGCGUGUAUCCCGUCGCUGUCACCGAAACGCCGCAUGACGCAACUCUAGAAGAUCCCGAAAUCGAACAUAAGCCCAUCCAUCCUCUUCUCAAUAAGUGCGCGACGUCCAAGCCAUCUCCGUCAAAACCUGAUUCAGUUUCAAGUUGUAUGGCGAGAGCUUUCAGUGACGCAAACUGCAAUACGGACUUUCUACAACCACCACCAGAACAUGAAGAAGAAUUUUUGAAACCGAAGGCAUUAAUUCGAGAGAAAAGAAUUUCUGACUUGGGACAUCGUCUUCCAACACACGAUGCGCGUCAAACAGGAUCCUCGCCGGGCUCUCCACAGGGCACCGGUUCCAAUGACGUAUUUCUCUGUAAGCCUUCAUGA